GCUCCCGCAGAGAAUGAGAUAGCAGCCAAACAUUUCGGGCUGCAAGGAAACCAAGCGAUGAAGGAGGAGAAUUUCGCCAAUGCCAUCAAGUGCUAUACCCAGGCCAUAUUGCUAGAUGACCAAAACGGAGUAUACUACACCAAUCGCGCAGCAGCACACAUCGCUCUCAAACAAUACCAUUUGGCUCUGACCGAUUGUCAAAAAACAGUCUCUCUACAAGGAAAGGACGCGAGCUCGAAAUCCCUCACGCGCCUUGGCCGCUGUCAUUACGCCCUGGGGGCUCCGGUUCCCGCUUUGACGGCCCUUCAACAGGCACUCAGCUCGGAUUCAGAGAACGACAUGGCCAUAAACUUCCAGACGAAGGCACUCAAAUUGAGCAAAUAUCUUCAAGAGUUCGAAGCCGCGCGGUCUCGCAACCUAUGGGGAGCGGCUGAGGCGUCGUAUCAGAGCUGCUUAACGGCUAUCAAUAACGAGAAGGGCGAAAUCCCUCUAGACUGGCGUGGCUGGGGGAUUGAGGUCCAGAUUGGGAGAGGUAAAUGGGACGGGGCGCACAAUUCGGCAAAGGCCGCUGUGACAGAUCAUCCCACGUCCGCAGACCUCGCCGACCUUCACGCGCUAGCAGCCUUCUUGUCCGGCGAGCUGAUACAGGCCAACACGAAUGCCCUCGAUGCUUUGCGCCUCGAUCCGGACAAUCAUGCUGCAAAAUCUCUUCGCAAGCGCAUCAAGGCUGUCGCUCUAUUGAAGAAUGAGGGUUUAAGCUUUACAGAACAAGAAAUGUGGACGGACGCAGCUGAGAAAUAUUCAGAAGCUUUGAAGAUUAUAGAAGAAAAUCCUAGAGAGGGUCAUGGAGGCCGUAUCCGGGCUAUCGUGCUAUCCGAAAGGGCUAUGGCCCAUGAAAAACUUGGGCGUAACAAAGAAGCCAUGAUUGACAUACAAGCAUCUCUCAAGCUCAAUAACUUGGCUACGUCUCUCCGUAUACGAGCUCGUCUCCACGGGCUUGGUGAGAACUAUGACGCUGCGAUUGACGAUCUCACGAAUGCGAUCGAGCUGACAACGAACGAGACGCUCAAGGAGGAAUUGCGUGAGGACUUGUCGAGCGUCGAAUCUCAGGCUGAGUACGCUAGAACGCUGAAGCACAACCACUAUGUGAUCUUGGGAAUUAGUCGAACGUGUCAAGAAGCUGACAUCAAGAAAGCUUUCAGAAGAGAGAGUCUCAAACAUCAUCCAGACAAGGGUGGCAACGCGGAGAAGUUCAAGCUUGUUGUGGCGGCGUACGCGGUCCUGUCGGACCCGGAACAACGAGCUCAAUAUGAUAGUAGUCUCGAUGAAGAGGACAACGGAUGGUGA